CCUGUCUUCACGAUCCCGAUGGAGGUGCAGAUGCUGGAAAAAUUCGAACGAGAGAUCUCGGUCACUGGUCACCACGACAAAGAGCUCAAAUUCUCCGACUUGCUACAAAUGUUCCAACACCACGCAACCACGGAUGAUUACUUCCAGCUGCAAAACUUGCAGCAAAUGAUACAGAUUUGCCGCCUCACCGACCUGGACGCGUUUUAUUCAAACUCAUCUGGAAACAACAUGACAAACACCCCAGACUCUGACUCCUGCACCUCCACCGGCAUGAAGAUCCACUUGCUAACCAUCCGGGAGUUGUUUCUCUUCGCCUCCGCCCCGAAUGUGGAGCCGGAGGAGAUUGAGGUUUUGAGCGCUUUGAAGACCUUCGUCCGGGAGUACGUUUUAUGCAUUGCAAAAGUAUCUAUCGUACAACUCGUAUAAAUGCAUUACAAAUUUCCUCAGCAUGAGAAAUAAAAUCUGUAAUGCGGAUUCACCUUUAGAAAAAAACUUGUAAUGCAUGAUUGCAAUUACUACGAAUGCGAUACUUUUGCACAGGAUACGUUUUGAGCAACCGGAGGAGGAUUAGUUUGGACAAUGUAAGGCUGCAUCUUGAUGAUCAUGCUGGGGUGGACGAUGAUAGCAACACAACUCCUUCUUCUGAAGCUACGACUGCCGGUGGUGCUGCCAUUCUAGAACAAGAAAGCUGCAGCACGAUCCUCAAAGCUGAUCACGCCGAUGGACACCGGCCGGAAACGCCACUGCAGAUGAACUAUGGGACGAGCAACGGGGCCGAAGUUAGCAGAACUGAUGCAGGAGAGCAGCAGGGGACAGCACUACAUCAAGUGGAAAACGAAGCGGAGAUGUUGAGCAUGUCCUCCAGUGGAAAAAACCGCCAUUUUUCUAUCCAGGACGUUCUGCGACUGGAGAGCUGUCACAAAAUUUGUGAUUUGUACCUCUGGCUAGCGAACCAUUUUGAACGAAACUUCAUCUACACGGGAGCAACAGAUGAACACACCAGCAGUGCUGAUGACCAGGGGAUGGGAAUAAAAAUCUUCACCGGCGCAACCGCCACAUCAUCAUCAAGCCGUGUGUUUUCGGAGGAAGAUUUGCGAAAGGCGAAAAGAAUCCGGAAGAAUUGCGCUGCGAAAAUUUUGAAACUGCUCGAGAUGAGGCUGGAGCUGGAGGAAAGUAUUGAUACGAGUGCGCUUUCUUUGGUGGAACAAGAAAAUGCCUGUGCGGAAGAUGAAGACGAACGCGGCGAUGAAGGAAAAUACAGUGCCGCCUCUACUACGUCAACAUCUUCUUCAACUUUCGAUGCGAGCUGUGAAGCGAACGAGGUAGAGGUCGACAUCGACCCAGAGCCACAACAUGAUGAUGACAAUAACGAUCCGUCCACAUCAGGCACUUCUUGCUCAGUAUAG